CGACAGCGACGCAAGAUGGCAGCCACCACAGGCUCGGGAAUAAAAGUCCCUCACAAUUUUCGACUGUUGGAAGAACUGGAAGAAGGCCAGAAAGGAGCAGGAGAUGGCACAGUUAGCUGGGGUCUAGAAGAUGAUGAAGACAUGACACUUACAAGAUGGGCAGGGAUGAUAAUUGGGCCUCCAAGAACAAUUUAUGAAAACCGAAUAUACAGCCUUAAAAUAGAAUGUGGACCUAAAUACCCAGAAGCACCCCCCUUUGUAAGAUUUGUAACAAAAAUUAAUAUGAAUGGAGUUAAUAGUUCUAAUGGACUGGUGGACCCAAGAGCCAUAUCAGUGCUAGCAAAAUGGCAGAAUUCAUAUAGCAUCAAAGUCGUCCUGCAAGAGCCCCGGUGCCUAAUGAUGUCUAAAGAAAACAUGAAACUCCCUCAGCCACCUGAAGGACAGUGUUACAGCAAUUAAUCAAAAAGAAAAACCACAGGCCCUCCCCCUACUCCCCUCCCAUUCGAUUUAAGCAGUCUUCAUUUUCCACAGUAGUAAAUUUUCUAGAUACGUCUUGUAGACCUCAAAGUACUGGAAAGGAAGCUCCCAUUCAAAGGCAAUUUAUCUUAAGAUACUGUAAACGAUACUAAUUUUUUUUGUCCACUUAAAAUAUAUCUAUAACAAAUCAUCCUGUCAAGUGUAACCACUGUCCACAUAGUUGAACUUCUGGGAUCAAGAAAGUAUACUUAAAUUGGUUCCCAUCAUAACUGGUGGGGCACAUCUAACUCAACUGUGAAAAGACACAUCACACAAUCACCUUGCUGCUGAUUACAUGGCCUGGGGUCUCUGCCUUCUCCCCUUCUCCUCCCCCUGCCUCCCUGCCUGCCUCCCUCCCUCCCUCCCUGCAACAGCCCUCCAGCUUGGGGUGGCUUGCUAGAUAGAGUAGGUGUGAAGGUUUCAGGUCACAGCCUGUGGGACUACUGCUGGGUGUGUGGGGGUGCUCCAGCUGCACCCCUGCUUUUUUUAAGUCUUAAAUGAUGCCCCCCCACCACACCCCCCCCAAGCCAUUGUCCCUUCUUCACUUUCCACCACCACCCUUGGCCGAAGCAUAGAGUGUAACCCCCUCUGCUCCCCUCUGAAAUUGGCCUUUGGUGAGGAAUUCAGGGCUCUCCCCAUACCUUCUCCCCCACCUUAAUCGAGGGGUGCUGCUUUUUCCUUUCUCCUCCUCAACUCCCUUUAUGUACCAUCACCACCCAACACUUUCCACAAUACUUCCUUGCUUUGGCCAGAAGUCAUCAGGUAAGGUUGGAAAGAGUCUCUGACUUCCCUCGUUUAGUUUUGGAACCCCAUUUACUCACUCUCCACCAGCCUGGGAAUGAAUAUUGGGUCCUCAGCCCUGCCACCCUCUGCUGUCAUCGUCAGCUGAUGCGUUUUUUUAGCUCAGGUUUUGAUAAAGUGAAAAGAACAGUCACCAGGGGUACUCACACCCGCCAGCUCUCAAAGUUCUUGGUGGUUAAACUUGGAGAAAGGCCACAGAAGACACUUGUAAGCACACACGAUCCCUCUGAAUGAAUCUUCUUUUCUUGUAAUUGCUUUUGCUUUUAAAAAUUGAAGUUUUACACAGGGUUCUCAUGUGGUCAUCUUGCAAUCCGUUUGGGUCUAGUUUGGAAUGUGGCAACUGGAACAAAAAGAACCUUGAAUUCGGUGCAUACUUUGGUUUUGGUGCUGCUGUUUCUCACGGUCCUCAGCAGGGAUU